GUCGAUGGGGCCGAGAUGGAAAGGAAAGGGUGCAGAGGCCAGAGCACUAGCCGAUCCAAUGUCCGAGAUUGUGUCGCGGCUCAAGUCAUCUUUAAUUGAGUCAAAUGCUCAUGGUUUGCUAUCAGGUUGCUCUGUUCUUCUUGCGGCAGAGGCAGUGCAAAGUGAUCUUCUAAACCGGGCAUGUUUUGGCCGACCGGUAGUCACAGCUGAGAAGGACGAGCAAUGGUUUCAAUUGAGUAUGGAGGAAGCGUUUUACCUUUGCUUUACCCUCAAAUGCCUCAGCAUUCACGGUGGAGAUAAUUGCCGAAAGACUGAUGAGGAGUUAUGGAAAUACAUGACGGAAAAGAAAUCUACGUUCCCCGAAUUUUUCAAAGCUUAUGCUCAUCUUCGGAUGAAAAAUUGGGUAGUGAGGUCGGGAUCGCAGUACGGCGUAGAAUAUGUUGCGUACCGGCACCAUCCGUCUCUUGUCCAUUCUGAAUAUGCCGUGCUCAUUUCCACAGAAGGGGAUGGUGGCGAGAAUGGGCGAUUGAGGGUAUGGUCAGAUGUUCAUUGCACGGUCCGUCUUUGCGGGAGCGUAGCGAAAGCGCUAUUGGUGCUUUACAUCGGCAAGUGCGGCAAAGGCGACACUUCUCCUUCGUGCGUGACUCUGUACUCUGUGGAAGAGCGAGUCGUAGCAAGAUGGAGUCCGAAAGAUUGCCGCGAAGAUCAGUCUGAUCGCCCUUAAUGGCAAGUGACCGGGCAGAGAGUUUCUUCUGUGUUUUUU